UCCCACCGCUGGCUCACAGCUGGGUAGCCCCGCUCGGCUGGCGGGGAAAGAGCUGUGAGAGCCGCUCCGGUUAAAGUGCCUUAAAGGAGCGUGGAAGAGGAGGAGGAGGAGGAGGAGGAGGAAGAAGAAGAAGGCGGCAAAGAGUUUUUUCCCCCGCUUGGGCUCAUGGGUCUGAUUGAUUAAUUACUGUUUUGCUGGCCGAACCCUUUGCGUGCAGGUCGUCGUUUUGCUUGGAGCCAUAGAAGGCAAGAGUCCGGAGCGGGGCGGCGGGAAGGAACAUCUUCCAUCUGUGUCUGAUUUAUAAUGAGUGCCAAAUCUGCUAUCAAUAAAGAGAUUUUUGCACCACAUGAUGAAAGGAUGCUGGGUGCAGUCCAAGUAAAAAGGAGAACGAAGAAAAAGAUUCCUUUCCUGGCAACUGGGGGUCAGGGUGAAUACUUAACCUACAUUUGCUUGUCAGUGACAAACAAGAAACCUGCACAAGCAUAUAUUACAAAAAUUAAACAAUUUGAAGGUUCUACAUCGUUUGUACGAAGGUCACAAUGGAUGCUUGAACAGCUUCGCCAGGUUAAUGGUUUAGAUCCUCAUCGGGAUUCCCCAGAAUUUGAUUUAUUGUUUGAAAAUGCUUUUGACCAAUGGGUGGCGAGUACAGCCUCUGAGAAAUGUACAUUCUUUCAAAUUCUCCAUCAUACUUGUCAACGGUAUCUUACAGACAAAAAGCCAGAAUUUAUUAAUUGCCAGUCUAAAGCUAUUGGAGGAAACAGCAUAUUACAUUCGGCAGCAGACAGCGUUACAAGUGCAGUACAGAAAGCAAGCCAGGCUUUGAAUGAGCGCGGUGAAAGAUUAAGUCGAACUGAAGAAAAGACAGAGGAUAUGAAAAACAGUGCUCAGCAGUUUGCAGAAACUGCACACAAGCUUGCCAUGAAACACAAGUGUUGAAAACGACUGUGUGGAGAUCUUUCUGAACGGAACUGCAAAAAUAGGAUUGCCCAUUUUUAGUGAAAAUGCAAGUCUGUCUCUUUUUUCCAACAAUUUGGUAAUCAGUUCCAAUUAUCAUGUAGGAAAUUAGUAUUCCUACUUUUUCUAUUGCUAGGCCAUUCAGUGUCUGUCUUUUUUUAAUAUUUAAAAUGAGAUGGUGUUAAUAUGUAAAUUGGACCAAAGGAUAUACUAAACUGCACUGAACUGCAAGAAUCUAUUGUUCCCAAUAUUGUGUAGGAAUACAGUACUGUAGCUGCAAGAAAAGUGAUCAAGUGACAGUGAAAUCCAGUAAUUGUUAUAAAAUAGUUUCUUGGAGCAAAUUUUGAAGUAAACGUAUUCAUAACUUAUAUUAUGAAGUGUUCAUAACUUCUAUCACAGGGCAACAAAAAUAGGUUGCUAUGAAAAACAGCUUGACUUCUCAGUUCUACCAUUUUUAGCCAACUUAUUUUGCACGUGUCAUCACUGGCAUGGUGAAUUUGAAUUUGAAUUGUCCAUCAAGUUGUCAACACUAUUUUUUAAAAAAAUCUUUUUUCUUAUGGUCUGAGUUUACUUUAAUGUUACCAAAAACACACUAGAAAUGUUAAGGAAAGGCUGAUUAAAUUGAUAAAUACGUCAAUAUUUUAUCUGGAAUUUAACUCUUACCUUUGUAAAUGGAAAAAAAUGUCCUUCUAAAUAAACAUUAUAUUGAAACUGUUUCAAGAAAUAAUACAUGCACAAGCACUAUUGUAAGUUUUUGGAAUUCUUCUAUUGAUAGGCAUGCUUCAAUUUUAUUACUUAAAGUAAGACUUACUAGAGUUUUCCUUAAUAGUGUAAUCUGGACCUGUGAAGACCAAAAUUCAGUCUAUUUGCAGUCACUGGAUCAUAAUCAUACAUUCAUUAUAAUUAACAUUAUUUACAAUAAAAUAUACAUUUCCACUUUAUAAAACCAUUUUAUAAAACACAAAGUUUUCUUGUUUUGCCAAAAUUUGCCAAAUUCCCUUAAAACAAAUUUUACAUGCAUUGAAGCCUUCUGGAUUAUUCCUGGUUUUCAUCUUUCCAAUGCUAGUCUGGAGAACUGACAUUGAACAUUCAGUCUAGAUGGUUAUGUCAGAUUUGUCAGCACACAGUAAUUGGAGUGGUAAUGUAGAACCAUUAACUUCCAACUUUGUGGGGGGGGGGAGAGAUAAGCUGAUUAGGAAGCUUUUUCUCCGGUUAGCACUGAAUUUAUGUCAGACCUAAGAAGAUGAAUGCACAAACAAUGCUUAAACAGCCCCAUAAUGAAUCUAUGCAAUUCUGGAUAGAAUCAUGGGCAUGCAUAGCCUGUUACAUUCCCAAAAAACUUUUAAAAGCUUGAAAUUUUCAGUGUUUGAAAUUCAAAUGUCUAGGUCAAAAAAAAAAAAAACCCUUAUACCUACAGUGUCUAAUAUUUUUUCAAGGGGGACAAUUAGAAUAGCAAUAUAAGGCAGUCUGGAGGAUACUUUGAAUAGAGUGGUAAAUCUUAUGGGAAGGCACUUUUAUAUUCUCUCAUGUUUGUAUAAUUAUGAACCAAGCAGGGGGAAAACAGUUUUAGUAUAGGUAAAGAAUUAAAUCAGUAUGGAGAGAAGGCAUCCAGUUAACUGCAUAUUGUAUGCCAUCAUAAUGUAAACAUUUUAUAGGCUCUAUUUAUCUUUGCCGGUAAUUUACUGAUUGAUAACAGCCCAGAUUUGACAACUGCAUGGACUUCCAUCAGUAUGGUCUCUAUAGCAUAUUGUGGGCUACAUUCGAUUAUAAGUUUACAUAGAAUUUGUUUUUAUUUCCUUUGUUAAAUCAUUUUUAAUGUAUUGUUAUUAUUUAUUUUGCACAUUUUUUAAAAAAAAAUCAUCUCGGUGAUGAAACCGGCUUUUUGUCAAUGCAGGAAUUUUUUGUUUUUUUACAUGCCAAAAAAUAAAACUCUCAAGUCAUUUCAUCAACUUGAUACAUUCAGAAACUAAAACCUAAUUUCUGUUUCUACUAUUAAGUAAAUUUAAGUUAGGUGUUGUUUUCUUAGGAUAAUUAGAAGCAAAUGUGCUUAUACUGAAAAUAAAUGUGAUUGUAUUAAAAAAUGUCCUCCUGGAAAAUUGAUGUAGUAGUCAAUUAUAGUGUUAGAUAUUUAUGUACAUAAAUUAUACAGUAAUUCAGGUUAAUAUUUCAUAUUAAAAUGUAUUUGUAAAAAGUAGCAAGAUCAAUAGUUUCAUUAUCAUCUUUUUAAAGUUCUGCAAAGAAUAAAAAAUCAGAAGUUAUUAGACCUAAGAUAGUCAUACCUGCAAGAUCAGUCUCAUUCUGUGGCUAGCAACAUGUUGUACAUUAAUGUGAAAAUAUUCAACAAAAUUGGCUCUCUAAAUGAGUGAACCUAAAACACAUUUAAUUUUAAAAUGAAGGUACUUUGCUCCAUUGUUAUAUUUCACAAACAUUGUUUUUGUCAUUUAAAGUUUUAGCCAUUAAUUAAAAUAUACUUUUGUAUCAAUGAUAGACAACCUUAAGGUGGUAUAUAAUUCCCAUACCUAUUUUUGCAACCAUCUAGAAGGACCCCUCCUUUUGAAAUUCACUUUUGCUAAUCUACCAAGUUAAGUUUUAAAAUAAAUGUGUUAAUGCUUUGGGAGGUUCUUGUACUACUACUGCAUUACUUCCUCCCAGGACUACUAUCCUCCCCAUUUGAAAAAGGGCUGAACAUUUCUUCUCACAGACUCUGCUGUUGUCCCUGCACAACUAUCACAUUCCCUGUGGCCCUCCGAUGCCAGAAAACAGAUACAGCUCUUAGUGAAAGGGGAAGAUAGCUUUAAUGAGUUACCGGUAUAUAUGAAAGCAUAUCUUGAAUGCAUAUGUUAGCUAUCAUGACUGUUAGGUCUCAUUGCCAUAAUUUACCAUAAGAUGGCCAUUGCAACAAUUGACCUUACUGGUUUCAAGUAGCUUCAAACUCAUCAUAAUGCACAAAACUACAUGAAGUGUGUGGCUGAUUCAGCUUUUUCUUUGCCUUAGAUCCAGUAGGGCCAAGAUUUCUGCCUGUGGUUACUAAACAAAUAGUGUGAUUCUGCAUCUACAUUUCUUAUUUAAAGUGGACAUGGACCAUUUACCUGGACCUCUAAAUGAUCUCUAUGGAUUAUGUGCAGAAGUGAUCCCCUUCUGUUUUUCAUGACUUACACUCUGUGCAUAGGCUAAAAUGUCACCAUGAUUUUAUUUUACCUGCAUAGUAUAUAGAAGGCAAGUUAUACGAGGAGGGUUUGCACACACAUAUUAAAUACAAACUGAGGCAUAGCUGUACCUCGGCAAACAUAUCACAUGUGCAAAUAACCUAUGUGUUUUUAUGUUGUGCGCGUAUAUAUACUUGCAUACCAUAGCUUUUCUAAGUUUCAUCUGUCCUAUUUAGAGAUUGCCUCUUGUGGAACCUUAGCUUUAAUUCUUCCUUCCUUCCUUCCUUCCUUCCUUCCUUCCUUCCUUCCUUCCUUCCUUCCUUCCUUCCUUCCUUCUUUUCUUUCCUUUCCUUUCCUUCCUUCCUCCCUCCUUCCUUCCCUCCCUUCCUCCCUUCUUUCCUUCCUUCUGGCAGAAGUGCCUAAUAAAAUAUUAACAUAUUAAAGGCCCAUAAGGAAUCAGCCAUUUAAACGGAAGAUUUCAUGGCUCAACUUACUGUAUAUAUGCCUUAACAAAAUGUUUUACACAAUGCUGGCCAUGGGUUUUGAUCAUUACUUCAGAAAGAUGACUGACUAUGAAGAAUGUAAUUAUAUUCUGUGGCCUGAUAAUGUGUGCAGUUUCUUGUAGAAAAACUUUGUUGUUCAGCGUUGUCAUAUUUUGCUUUGCUUGGUUCAGAAUUAUUUUGUUUUUCUUAUAUCUGUAUUGUAAAUAUUCAUUUUGCUAAAAGUAUAUUUAGCCAUAUGCUGCAGGCACAUUAUUAAGUUGUUUCAGCCAUAUACUCUCUCAAAAGUUAAAAACACUGUAGUUAUAAUUGUUCCCAGGACCUACAUCACAUUGCUGAAAGUUGAGAAUGCAAAUUGCAGUCCCUCUCUUAGCCUAGGACUAUCUGGACUCAUCGAUUGAGAUGCUGGUUGUAUACAAUUUAUAUUUUGGCAACAUUAGAAUUUAUUAUAUGCAAUAUUUUGGUUUUCAUUGUACUGUAUGUAAUUCAUAUCAAAUUGUACAGUUACGAUUCAGUUUUCAUAAUAAAUAUUUUAUUAAAUAUGUGAAUGUUGAAUUUUA